GUAAACACGAGCCCAUACUUUUUUUGUUUAACGAUUUCGAAUACCAAUAAUAAUAUUAUACCGAUCGCUUUGCUUCUGUAGGCUGCAAAAUUAAAAAAUUGGAUUCCUGUUCAUCUCUCACCAGAUCAUAUAAAACCCUAGGGUUUGCUUUGAUCGUCUCGAUCCGUAUCUCUUCACUGUUAAGUGUGGUGCAAUCUGUUCUGUAGCAGCAUACAUUUGGAAGAUAUCUUUAUUGGAGAAACAGUAGUGCCAUAGUGUACUCUGAUUUUUAGUUGAUUACAGCAUCUGGUGGUCUCUCCUGUUUGUCGUAGAGGUUAUAGAAUGUGAAAGAAAGGAAGGGUGUUGGAGAAUGGAUGAUACAGACAUUGAAAUGUGGUUUCCUAGUUGGAAUAACAAGAACCCAACUGAGUCUCAUCUCUUUAUUAUUUCUUGCUUUCUUGCUGCUUUAGUUGGUAUCUCGACUAUUGCUUACACUGCUUUCCAAUGGAGAAGAAACAUUAAUCUAAGUUGGAUGAAAGCCAUAGCAAGGUCAAAGAAAAACCCUAAAGCAAGGCACAAGGUUCCUCUUGCUCCCCAUACUUGGGUUCUUGAAUCUGUUUCUCGAGGGAAGAACUUAACUUGCUGUGUUUGCUUAAACUCCCUGUCUCCUUCUCAAACGCUUGGCCCUAUGGUGUCGUCAGACAGUUUUGUUCACCAUUGUAGCAUUUGUGGUGCAGCAGCUCACCUUCAUUGUUCUUCAAGCGCACACAAGGAUUGCAAGGGUGUAUCCAUGGUUGGAUAUGAGCAUAUGAUGCACCAGUGGGCUGUUCGAUGGACAGAGAUAACAGAUCAACCUGAUGAAACUUCCUUUUGUAGUUACUGUGAAGAGCCGUGUAGUGGGUCUUUUCUUGGUGGAUCUCCGAUAUGGUGUUGCUUGUGGUGUCAACGACUUGUUCAUGUUGACUGUCACAGUAGCAUGUCUAAUGAAACUGGUGAUAUUUGUGAUUUAGGCCCAUUCAGAAGGCUGAUUUUAUCACCUCUAUAUGUUAAGGAAUUGAAUACAUCAGGUGGAUUUUUGAGUUCAAUCACACAUGGAGCAAAUGAGAUUGCAUCUUCAGUGCGUGCAAGCAUUAGAAGUCAGAGUAAGAAGUACAAACAUGUUAAUGAAUCGACUGUUGAUACAGGUAAUAGUGGUAGUACUUGUGACAUGUCUACAGAAAGCACAGCUGAUACCCAUCCUGCAUUAAAUGGAUCUCAUGCUCUCGAUGAAGGCUGUAAUGGUAGCUUGAAUGUGGGGAGCCCUCGCCAUGAUGGUGGCAUAGAUAAGUUAGAGUUAAAAACUAGCUUUAGAAGAAGUGGGUCGAUUAAUCAGAAGGAUGAAUCCCAGAUAUUAAGUAUGAAACAGAGGUAUGAAAUAACAGACUUGCCUCCUGAUGCAAGGCCCUUGUUAGUUUUCAUCAACAAGAAAAGUGGUGCUCAGCGUGGAGAUUCUCUCAGGCAACGCCUGAACUUUCUUCUGAAUCCUGUUCAGGUAUUUGAAUUGAGCUCAACACAUGGACCAGAGAUUGGCCUUUAUUUAUUCAAAAAGGUGCCUCACUUCAGAAUUCUUGUAUGUGGAGGGGAUGGUACUGUUUGCUGGGUUCUGAGUACCAUAGAGAAGCAAAAUUUUGUUUCUCCUCCACCAGUAGCUAUUCUUCCAGCUGGAACUGGAAAUGAUCUGGCUAGAGUACUAUCCUGGGGAGGUGGUUUGGGCUCAGUGGAGAGACAAGGAGGCCUUUGCACAUUGUUACACCACAUAGAACAUGCUGCAGUGACCAUCCUUGAUCGGUGGAAAGUAACAAUUGUAAAAAAUCAAGGAAAGCAACUUCAACCACCAAAAUAUAUGAACAACUAUUUAGGAGUUGGGUGUGAUGCAAAGGUUGCUUUGGAAAUUCACAAUCUACGAGAGGAGAAUCCUGAGAAGUUUUAUAACCAGUUCAUGAACAAAGUUCUGUAUGCAAGAGAGGGAGCUAAGAGUAUAAUGGAUAGAACAUUUGCUGACUUCCCAUGGCAAGUGAGAGUGGAAGUGGAUGGUGUGGAUAUAGAGGUCCCUGAGGACGCGGAGGGUGUACUAGUUGCCAACAUUGGAAGCUAUAUGGGUGGUGUAGACCUAUGGCAAAAUGAGGACGAAACUUAUGAUAACUUUGAUCCACAGUCUAUGCAUGAUAAGAUACUAGAGGUUGUGAGCAUAUCCGGGACGUGGCACCUUGGAAAGCUUCAGGUGGGGCUUUCUCGUGCUCGAAGGCUUGCACAGGGACAGUCAAUUAAGAUACAGCUCCUUGCAGCAUUGCCUGUACAAAUUGACGGGGAACCUUGGUUUCAGCAGCCAUGUACCUUACAUGUAUCUCAUCAUGGACAGGCUUUCAUGUUGAAGAGAGCAGCCGAGGAACCUCUUGGUCAUGCAGCUGCCAUAAUAACAGAUGUGCUUGAGAAUGCGGAAACAAACCAUGUGAUUAAUGCGUCCCAGAAGCGGGCUCUUCUGCAAGAAAUGGCACUUAGGCUGUCAUAAGGGAUGCAUCUCUAUUUACUUGCAUCCAUCGUGGUUUAGUUGCAGCCUUGGUUAAGGUUCCAAGUGUUCUAUAUCUUCAAAUAUGUCGUAUGUUUGUUGUUGAACUUGCCGCUUCUAGCUGAAGCAAGUCUGUAAAUGAACUUAGUUUAAAGUUGAUAGAUAGUGUAUGAUGCCCCAUGGGAAAAAAUUAAUAGAAAGGGGGAGUUUUUA